UAACAAAAAGUUUUCGCAUUUCUUUUUGGCGUAUAUAAACUGCAAUACACUUCAGACUCAGAAUUAUUGUUUCAUUUCUUGUUCAUUACUUGACAAGUAGUAACAAUGAAGAUUUCUAUUGUUUUUGCGUUCGUGGUGUGCUGCUUGUAUGCAGAAUCAAAUGCAGCAACGAUUUCUCCUUUGGUGAGAGCUAGAGGUGAUCAUAAGCGUCAUCAUCGUUCGUUUUGUAAACUGGUGGAACCAAUUGCUGUGGGAUGGGUUUCUGGUGAAGAAAUUGAUGCGGAUAUGUGUGGAGCUUUGAAGGCUUUCGACAAGGAAUGUGAUAAGAAUUUGUCAUUGAGGACAAAUUGUGAUGGUGUUCCUGAAGGACCUGGAGGUGAUGGGGAGGGUGAUGGUGAUGGUAAGGAGGAAGGAGAUGGUGAUGGAGAUAAUGAGGGAAAUGGAGAUGGGGAUGGUGAUGGUGAUGGAAAUGGAGAUGGAGAUGGAAAUGGAGAUGGGAAUGGAGAUGGUGAUGGAGAUGGAGAUGGAGAUGGAGAUGGAAAUGGGGACGGUGAUGGAAAUGGUGAUGGUAAUGGUGAUGGUGAUGGUGAUGGUGAUGGAAAUGGAAAUGGAGAUGGUGACGGUGAUGGUGAUGGAGACGGUAAUGGAGAUGGUGAUAGCGAUGGUGAUGGUGAUGGUAACGGUGAUGGUAAUGGAGAUGGUGAUGGUGAUAGCGAUGAUAAUGGUGAUGGAAAUGGUGAUGGAGACAACCAAGGACCUUCCACUCCAAAUUGUGGAAUCGACAUCCCAAUCUCCACCGAUCCAUCAACCCAAGGACCUAUUGAAGGUGUUACCACUGAGUGUACCAUAAUCAGUAGCCCAUCAACUGAAGAACCCUCCGCGGAUCCCAGUACCGAUCUCAGUACUGAUACUGACCAAACACCUGGAGUUCAAGACGAAAUAACUGGAAACCCUGAAGCUGAGACCCCAACCCCAACCCCAACUAAUACUGAAACUGGUGAUGCAUCCACUCCGGCAACUAGAGCUAAAGUUCACUCUAAGUCCAAGGCUAACCAUAAGUCUAAAGGGGCUAAAUCAAAGGCCAAAGCCAAUCAUAAAUCUAAGGCUUCCCAUAAAUCCAAGGGAGCUAAAUCCAAGUCUAAGGCUAACAAAGCCCACUCUAAGAGCAAGGGUCAUGCUAAAAACUAAUAAUUUAGAAAUCUGAUAAUGUUACAAGAGUUGUUCAUGAAUAAAAACAGAUUGACUUUAAUACAUGAA